UGGUUGGCACUGAAAGGCAGCUCUGAUGGGCACUGAUAUGUGGCAUUGAUGUGCACUGGUAGACACUUAUAUAUGGCAUUGAUGUUCACUGAUGGGCACUGGUAUGUGGCAUUGAUGGGCACUGACAGGUGGCAUUGAUGGGGCUGCACUGAUCAUCAGGGCACUGAUGUCCCCUCUGAGGAAUACCAAUUACCGGCUCUCCUUCCCCUCACGCACUGUCAGCGUGGGGAGAGGACUGCCAAUAACCGACAUUUCCUUGUUUACAUGUGAUCGCUAUGAUUGGACACAGCUGAUCACUCUGAUCGGUGAUCCACUGUGUCCAAGGGACACAGCGCACCACCGG